AUGUUAAAUGUUGGAUGUCCUUCAGAUAGAGUAUCAGGAUUUACUACACCAGAAUUUGCUGGUGUUAAAAAAAUUUUCGAAGAAAAUAUUAAAAAUGGAUUAGAUGUUGGAGCUGGAGUUAGUGUUUUUUAUGAUAAUAAAAUGGUGGUUGAUUUACAAGGCGGAAUCGCUAACAUGGCAACUGGUAGCACUUAUGAUGCGGAAACCUUGCAACUUGUAUUUUCUAGUAGCAAAGUUUUGACUGGAAUAGUGAUUGCACGCCUUGUUGAACAAGGACUUUUGAAUUAUGAUGAGAAGAUUUCAAAAUAUUGGCCAGAAUUUGCCCAAGGUGGUAAAGAAAAUGUCACAUUAUUGGACUUGGUAGUUCACCGUGCAGGUGUAGGUUAUAUCGAUUCACACCAAAUGACCUUAUCAGAUUUAUCAAAUCUUGAGUCACUCGCAAAGAUUCUUCAAUCACAACCUCAUAACUUUAACGGUGUACCAACAAAAGCGUAUCAUGGAGUAACACGUGGUUGGUACUUGAAUGAAAUUGUUCGUCGAGUUGAUCCGAGACAUCGUACGAUUGGUCGCAUAGUGGCGGAAGAAAUCGCACCUGUUUAUGAUAUUGAAUUUUAUUAUUCUAUAACGAAAAAAUCAUUAUAUCAAAGAGUUGCAAAAAUUUAUGCAUACCCAAUGGUUUUAUUACCCAAAUGGAUGAUUAGCGAACCGCUAGAACCUAUUUUUGACGAAAUGAUGAAAACAGACAGUGUAACAUACAAAACUCUUGUUCAAUCAGCACCGGAUAGAAGUCAACCACAAGAUUGGAAUAGAUUUGAAAUGUUAAAUUAUGAAGGACCUAGUUAUAGUGGAGUUACUAAUAGUAAAUCUAUGGCCAAGUUAGCAGCUAUCAUGGCUAAUGGCGGUAACCCUAUUGGUAAUUCAGUAACAGGUGUUCUUGAACCCACAAUUUUAUCGAAAGAUACUUAUGAUCUUGUGAUGACUAAAUUACCAGAAACUUUUGAUGUUGCUUUACAAACAAGAUCAGGAGGCAGCAUGCUUCUUUGGAAUCCGGAGUUGAAGGUUGGUUUUGGAUAUUGUAUGAAUGCAUUUCAUACAGCUUUGUCCGGUGAUAAGAGAAGUUUGAGAAUGUUACGUGAGGUUGUUGAUACCGUCAAAAAUCUUAAGAAAUUAUAA